CAGAAACCUAUCCCAUCUCCCCUGGUCUGCUCUCAAACUCCUCAAGCCUUAACUAGCCCCCGCCGGCCUCCACCGUCUCUCUACCUACUCACCCCACCUCCCUCUCCCUCCCCGACUUCCCCAUCUUGCUUCCUCUUCCCCCGCCUUCUUACUAACUGAUAUCCGCUAUACUAACCCGGUCCGAUCAUGAUGUCCCCUACCACUGUCACCCCUGCCGAUGCUUUCGAGGACCAGCCGACCAUUGGUCUCAUUGGCAUGGGUGCUAUGGGCGAAAUGUACGCCAAGUACCUCUCUCAGGGUGGUUGGAAAAAGAUCAACGUAUGCGAUCUCCCUUCCAAGUACGAGUCCCUGCGAGAGAAGUACGCGAACACCCCGGGCAUCACCGUUCUUCAAGACGGCCAUGCCGUCGCCCGAGUAUCUGAAUUUAUCAUGUUCUCCGUCGAGGCGGAGCACAUCGACAAGGUCGUCGCCCAGUAUGGCCCUUCCUGCAAGGUCGGUGCCAUUGUCGCGGGCCAAACGUCCGUAAAAGCGCCUGAGAAGGACGCAUUCGAGAAGUACCUCCCGCUCGACACGCACAUCGUCUCCCUGCACUCGCUGCACGGGCCCACUGUAUCCCCUGUUGGCCAGCCCCUGGUCAUCAUCAAGCACCGCGCGCCCGACUGGGCAGUCAGCCUCGUCGAGAACAUCCUCAAGUGUUUCCGCUCGCGGUUUGUUUACCUCACGUACGAGGACCACGAUCUCGUCACUGCCAACGUGCAGGCCGUCACCCAUGCCGCAUUUCUCACAAUGGGCACCGCCUGGGCCGCGAUGCGUGACUACCCCUGGCAGCACGGCCAAUACGUCGGCGGGAUCGAGACCGUCAAAGUAAACAUCAUGCACCGCAUCUACGCCAACAAGUGGCACGUCUACGCCGGGCUCGCGAUCCUCAACCCGUCCGCCAAGGUGCAGAUCGACCAGUACGCGAGCAGCGCGACGGAGCUGUUCAAGCUCAUGCUCGCGGGCGACGAGCCCGGCCUGCGCGCGCGGGUCUUCGAGGCGCGCGAGCGCGUGUUCGGGCAGGCGUACAAGGAGGGCCGGGUGCCGAUUUUCCUCACCGAGGACGUACUCGACCAGUUCACGAUCGGCGGGAAGCCGAGCAAGAAGGCCGUCGCGAACGGCGACGCAGCCAACGACACCAGCGCCGGGAACAGGAACGCCAGCCCCAACAGCGUCGGCUCCAACUCGCACCUCUCCCUCCUCGCGAUGGUCGACUGCUGGGCGAAACUCGGCAUCCACCCGUUCGUGCACCUCGACCUCGCCGCGACACCCAUCUUCCGGAUGUGGAUCGGCGUCGCGGAGUACCUCUUCCGCUCCGAGGCGCGGCUCGACGCCGCGGUGCGCGCCGCGCUGUACGACACCUCGCACCGCUCGGACGACCUCGAGUUCGUCGUCGGCGCGCGCGGCUGGAGCCAGUGCGUCUCGUUUGGCAACUUUGAGCUGUAUAGAAGGCGGUUCGCGGAGACGGCGGCGUUUUUUGAGCCGCAGUUUGACGAGGCGAAUACGAUUGGGGGCGCGAUGAUCAAGGCGAUUUCGGAGAGCAGUAAGAGUUAGGGAUGGGGCGCUCUCUUUGGCUCUCUUUUUUGCUUUACUUUUUUUGGUUGUUCUUUGGGGAUGCUUUGGCGCGUUGGCUCCGCGAGGGGGGAGUGCUGUUGUUACACGCUGUUGUUGUGGAUAUCUAUGUGCCGCGCGUAUCUAGAUGAUGUUGUAUCUAGUAAUCGGAUGGAUAUCU